AUGUCAAUUGAAAAGGUGCCCAUAUUGGGCAAAGAGACAAUACAUGUGGGCUACGGCAUCCAAGAGCACAUUGUGGAGGAGACCAUCACCAAGUUGGCCUCUUCCACUUAUGUCAUUGUGUCCGAUACCAACAUGGCGGAGACCGACACUUUUGCCAAAUUGAAAAGCAGCUUUGAAGCGAAACUUGAACAAAAGAGGCCCGAGUCGAGGUUGUUGAGCUACCUCGUUCCGCCAGGGGAGAAUAACAAGAAUAGGAAAACCAAGGCUGCCGUCGAAGACUUUCUUUUGCAGCAAGGAUGCACAAGGGACACAGUCAUCUUGGCGGUAGGUGGAGGCGUCAUUGGAGACAUGAUUGGCUUUGUCGCCGCGACGUUCAUGAGAGGAGUAAGAGUUGUCCAAGUGCCCACGACAUUGUUGGCCAUGGUGGACUCAUCGGUGGGAGGCAAAACCGCCAUUGACACGGAAUUGGGAAAGAACUUUAUUGGAGCAUUCCACCAACCGGAGUACGUGUUUUGCGAUGUAUCCUUUUUACAAACGCUUCCAAAAAGACAACUCAUCAACGGCAUGGCAGAGGUGGUCAAGACCGCUGCGAUAUGGGACGAGGCCGAGUUUACCCGGUUGGAGAAUUUCGCCAACCAGUUUCUCACAGAGGUGUCGUCUGCGAGCCCCAACUUGGAAAACAUAAAGCAAGACUUGAUCAAGACGGUUUUAGGGUCGGUGCGUGUUAAAGCGUUGGUUGUGUCUGCCGAUGAAAAGGAGGGCGGUUUGAGAAACUUGCUCAAUUUUGGCCACACGAUUGGACACGCAAUCGAGGCUUUGCUUACCCCAGAAGCUCUUCACGGCGAAUGUGUUUCUAUAGGUAUGAUUAAGGAGGCUGAACUAUCCCGCUACCUUGGCAUCUUGCCCCCCUCGGCUGUGGCGAGACUUUCCAAGUGUCUCUCGGCUUACAAUUUGCCCGUAUCUGUUGACGAAAAGAAGUUUUCCAAGAUCGUCGGCUCAAAGAAACACGACUUGAAAAUCGACGCCCUCAUCAAGAAGAUGUUGAUUGACAAAAAGAAUGACGGAAGCAACAUCAGAUGCGUUCUUCUCGAGGCAAUCGGCAAAUGCUACCAGUCCAAAGCACACCAAAUAUCAAAGGAAGACUUGAAGUUUGUGCUCACGAAUGAAGUGCUAGUUCACCCGUUCAAUACCCAGCCAGGCGCCGCGGUCACCAUAACCCCGCCCGGGUCCAAGUCGAUAUCCAACAGAGCCUUGAUCUUGGCUGCGUUGGGUCAAGGAACUGUCAAAAUUAAAAAUUUGUUACACUCGGACGACACCAAGCACAUGCUCGACGCAUUGGUCCUUUUGAAAGGCGCCAGUGUCGCGUUUGAGGAUAACGGUGAAACGAUUGUUAUUAGCGGCAACAGCGGCAACUUGUACGCCUGCAAAGAAGAGUUGUACUUGGGGAACGCCGGCACGGCGUCGAGGUUUCUCACCGCCGUCGCAUCCUUGAUCAAAUGCGACGACGAAUCACGUGACUCCAUAGUCUUGACCGGUAACUCGAGAAUGCAGGAGCGUCCAAUAGGUGCAUUGGUCGACGCACUAAGGGCCAAUGGAUCGUCGGUUGACUAUCUUAACCAUACAGGCUCUCUUCCGUUAAAGAUUGCCGCUGGAAGAGGCUUUAAAGGUGGCAAGAUCGAGUUGGCAGCAACAACGUCGUCUCAAUACGUCUCUGCCAUUUUGAUGUGUGCCCCAUAUGCUGAAGAAAGCGUCACAUUGACCUUGGUUGGGGGCAAACCCAUUUCUCAGUUGUACAUUGACAUGACCUGCGCAAUGAUGAGUGACUUUGGCAUCAAGGUCACCAAGUCAGGCUACACCUACCACAUUCCAAAGGGCGUCUACAAGAACCCCAGUGAGUAUGUGGUUGAGUCCGACGCCUCGUCAGCAACAUAUCCCUUGGCAUUUGCCGCGCUCACAAACACAUCAUGCACGGUGCCAAACAUUGGCUCGUCGUCGCUUCAAGGAGACGCGAGAUUUGCCGUUGACGUGUUGAGACCGAUGGGCUGUAAAGUUGAGCAAACAGCGCAUUCAACUACAGUUACGGGUCCACCCUUGAGCCAAUUGGUGGCGCUUUCGUCUAUUGAUAUGGAGCCCAUGACUGAUGCGUUUUUGACGGCAUCGGUGGUGGCGGCUGUGGCACAAGGCACAACCACGAUUUCAGGCAUAGCCAAUCAACGAGUCAAGGAGUGCAAUAGAAUCAAGGCCAUGGUUGAUGAGUUGGCAAAGUUUGGCGUCUCGGCACGUGAGACUGAGGAUGGUAUUGCCGUGACGGGCGUAAAGCCUCUGGAAUUGAAGACUCCGUCACUGAGAGGAGUCAAGACUUAUGACGAUCAUAGAGUGGCAAUGUCGUUUUCAUUAUUGGCUGGAUUGUGUAAAGAGCCUGUUUUGAUUCAGGAAAGGUCAACUACAGGCAAGACGUGGCCCGGUUGGUGGGAUGUAUUGCAUUCGCAAUUCAACUGCACAUUAGAAGGAUUUGAAGCUGAAAAUAGUGCCAGAGAGCCAGCUAAUAAUGGAAGCAAGAGCAUUGUGGUUAUCGGAAUGAGAGCCGCUGGCAAGUCCACCUUGUCGAGAUGGUUAGCUGAUUUCUUGGGCUUUCAAAUAUUGGACUUGGACGAGUACUUGGAGAAGAAACUUGGUGUUGAUAUCAAAACACUCAUCAAGGAUAAAGGAUGGGAGCAUUUCCGUCAGGAAGAGACCAAGGUCUUGAAAGAGGCUUUGGUUCAAUUUGGCAAUGGGUAUGUGUUGGCAACAGGCGGUGGCAUCGUGGAAGGUGCUGAACCCAGAGCGCUCUUGAAAGACUUUAUCUCGAGCAAAGGGAUUGUGUUGCAUUUACACCGCGACUUGGAGGAGACCCUUACCUUUUUGAGCGCAGAUGCAACCAGGCCAGCAUACUCGCAUGAAGUGAGAGAUGUUUGGCUUAGAAGAGAGAAAUGGUACCACGAGUGUUCCAACUACUACUUCUACUCGACUCAUUGCUCAACCGAGAGGGAAUUUUCCGACUUGAAAAAGACGUUUUUGAAAUACGUGGCCAAGAUAACUGGGUUGGAAACUUUUGAAAUACCCGCUAGUAGAUCGUCAUUUGUCACAUUGACAUGGCCCGAUUUGAAAAAGGAAAAAGAGCUCAUUCCAAAGGUCUUAGCCGGCUCCAAUGCAGUUGAACUCCGUGUGGACUUGUUGGCUCAGCAGGAUGAGUAUUUUAUUGCUGAACAGAUUGGAGUUUUGAGAAGCUUGACAGAUUUGCCCAUUAUUUACACAAUCAGGACCAAAUCUCAAGGCGGAGGAAUUCUGGAUGAAGAUGCAGCUAUUGAGCGGUUGUUGUUGUUUGGAUUGAAAAUGGCAGUCGAUGUUAUUGACCUACAAUUGAUUUCGAAAAACUCCACUAUUGAAAAUGUGGUUGCCAAUCGAGGCAACACCAAGAUUCUCGCGUCCCACCAUGACUUUACUGGUGAUUUGAAAUGGGACAAUGUGUUUUGGAAGAGUAAAUAUAACCACGGUGUGGCAAUCAAUGCCGAUGUUGUUAAAUUGGUUGGUAUGGCCACUGAAUUCAAGGAUAACUUGACCUUGGAGAAUUUCAGAAGCGAAAACGCCACCGUUCCCUUGAUUGCGAUAAACAUGGGCCCACGCGGUAAAUUGUCGAGGGUCUUGAACCAAGUGUUGACUCCAGUGACUCAUGAAUUAAUCACCAAUAAACCCGCGGGGGUUGGUCAAUUGUCGUUGAAGGAAAUCAACAGGGCCUUUUUCCAGAUUGGCGGAUUCGUCGAAAAAAAGUUUUGGGUUGUUGGAUCGCCAGUUGGGCAUUCUAGAUCGCCUUCAUUGCACAACGCAGGCUACGAAGCAUUGGGUUUGCCUUACCAUUUUGAUCGCUUUGAAUCGGACGAUGCUGAUAAAGUAUACCAAGAAUUGAUGACCAAAAGCGAUUUCGGCGGGUUGGCAAUCACGAUUCCGUUGAAAUUGGACAUGAAAAAGUACUGUAAGAAAUUGUCGGCCUCGGCAGAGAUCAUCGGUGCCAUUAAUACAAUUACAUCUGAGCUUUUAGGUGACAAUACAGAUUGGAUCGGCAUUACAAACUCAUUUAAACAACGCGGGUUCACCAAGGGAGGUAAUGGGUUGGUUGUUGGCGGAGGCGGCACUUCAAGAGCCGCCAUCUACGCAUUGCAUCAAUUGGGAUGCGAGAAAAUCUACUUGCUCAACAGAACAGAAGCCAAAUUGCACGAUUUGAUCAAGAGUUUCCCACAGGAAUACAAUCUCGAAAUCUUGACACCGGAGGCUAGUGACAUUUCGUUGAUUAUGUCGUGCGUACCAGCAGAUAGACCCUUGGACGAAGGUUUACUAGCCAAAUUGACGCAAGUAUUGAGCAGCAACAAGGGUUAUUUGUUGGAAGCAGCGUACAAGCCAGCAAUCACGCCAAUAAUGAAAUUGGCCAGCGACAAUAAACAGUGGCAAGUGAUACCCGGGUUUGAAAUGUUGAUAAACCAGGGCGAUGCCCAAUUCACAAUCCAUACUGGAUUCAAUGCGCCGUACGACGUAAUACGCGAAGCCGUGUUGAAUGAAUGA